UGUCAGACAGAGUAGUUCACUUGUACUGUGUUGUGCUAUAAACAAUAAAAUUUGCGUGUUAAAGUGCGACUAAUUGGUGCUAGAGUUUGUCAAUGUGUGAACUAAACAGCUGUCAAAUCGGAUAAGUACAAGUUUUGAAUCGAACGUUACUAUAAAAUUAAUUAUCAUCGAUUUUAUUUUUCACCGGCAACAACGGUUUGCCAUCGGAUUCGGUGGCGGCUGAUGUUAGCUGUUUUUUGCUUUUUUGUCUUGGGUCUUUUGUGCUCUGCUAUUGUGUUGCGUGACUGGCUCGACCGUGCUCGAUAGCGCGAGAUGAGUCUGUGCGGCAAAUGCGAGCAAAAAAUUUGUUUUGAAGAUGCCGUACCUUGUUCGGGGAAGUGUCGAGCGUUUUUCCAUCGUUCCUGCACUGUCCUGACUAAACCGGCGGCAAAAAUGAUUAUUGAGCAACCAAAUGCGCAGUUUAAAUGCGACCAGUGUCUUAAUAGUGGAGUUGAUGCUGAGAUCUCAGUACUUCUCGCUGAUGUCAAAGGGAUAAAAGAGGAGUUGCAAAAAUAUUUUGACAACUCAAAUUCUAUCCCUGGCAUCAAUGAAAGUAUUGCUACUCGAAUCGACGAAGCUAUCAAGAAAGGAAUGGAAAAUGUCAUGCAAGCAUGCAGUGAAAUAUUUCAGAAACAAAUCAAAACAGUUGUGGAGAACAGUGUGGCUAAUCAAAUUGAAAAACUGAUUAAAUCGAAUUCUGAAAAACCAAAUAAUAAACAAAUAAUUAAAGUAACUAGAAAAAGAGGAACGCAUUCUGAAUCGGAUGGGCUCCCAGGUAGUAAAAGACGUGCGAUUAUUCCGGAAGACGGUGCAGCAAUGGUGGUUGACGAUGAAGAAAAUGAAAAUGUUUUUGAAUCGCCAACUUUUGCGGAAAUUUUGAAAGGUGGAAAUUCAGAAAAUAAAAAAGAUCACCAGCAUAAGAAAUUGCGUACUAAUCGUCCAAAAAUUGUUAUAAAACCUAACGAAACAAAUCAAAGUAAUGACGAAACAAGAACUUUUUUAAAAUCAAAUCUUGACCCAAAGUUACAUAAAAUCAAUAAUUUAAAGAAUGGCAGGGAUGGUUCCAUUGUUGCCCAAUGCGCUCCAGGGGAAAACCUUUUGAAAGUGAAAAAUGACAUUGAAAACAAACUUGGCUCAAAUUAUACUACUAUUAUCUCUUCUGGCCUUCCUAAACUGAAAAUCGUUGGGAUGAGUGAAAAGUAUGAUCCUACAGAUUUCGUUGAGUUAUUGACCUCACAGAAUGACGAAAUUUUUAUUGAACAUGUAAAGGUUAUAUCUUCUUAUGAAAACCCUCGCAUGAAAUAUAACAAAUUUAGUGUAAUAAUUGAAGUUAAUAAUGAUACAUUUGAUGCAUUGAUCACGGCCGGAAAGGUUAACAUAGGAUUUGAUAGAUGUUCAGUUUUUGAGGCUAUAAAAGUCCUAAGAUGUUUUAAAUGUGGAGAAUUUGGACACAUGAGUACAACAUGUAAAAAUAAUGAAACCUGUUCAAAGUGUAGCGAGUCCCAUAAGACCUCUGAUUGCAAUUCAACUGUAAUGAAAUGUCUGAACUGCUUAAAAAAGAAUAAUGAGCAAAAGAUGAAUCUCGAUGUGAACCAUGCUGCAUUUAGUUCAAAAUGUCCAGUUUUUCGACACUUAGCUGCAAUUAAAAAGGACCGUAUGUAUGAGAAUGAAUAGCAAUCAAAU